AUGGUGUGUAGUAGUCACCUUAAAGCUAAAUACGUUCGAUUUUUAAUUAAAUAUCACUUAUUCAUACUUUGUUGUACAUUUCUUAUGACAAGUAUCUGUAUUAUGUUUUUAAUUUAUAAACGUGAUGAAAUAGAUUAUGGGCAUUCAUUAAGAGGUUUUCAAGCACAUGGCACAAAAACAUCGAGCGAAUACCGAAAAUUAAUUGCACUUAUACGUGAAACUCAAACAACACAUUUAUAUCCACAUUCAAUUAAUAGCAAAAUAUAUCAACAAACGCCAUAUUCAUCUUUCAAUCCAAAUACUAAUCCAUGUUCAAAACGAUUUCAUUUAUCAAGAUGUCCUAUACUUCCUUAUACAGAAUUAAUAUUUCAAUUUAAUGAUAAUAAUAGAAGAUUAUUCGAUGAUAUUAGCAUAUUUAAAUCAGUUUGCAAACUCGAGUGGAGUUUACGUUCUACCUAUGCAAAUUGUUCAACGAACCAUUCGUGUUGUCAAUUCAUUGGACCAGUUGGACUUCUAUUUAAAGAUCAAGUAAUAUCAUCAGCUGAAGAAUGCGAUAGUUUAACACAAAACGAUCUUAAUGAAUAUUCUAAACAAUGGUUAUCAUGUAAAUCAUCAUGUUUAAAUAGUAAACUUGAAAAAUAUCUAACUUAUAUUGAAACAUCAUUAACAUUUAAAAUAUAUUUAUCUAUGGAACAUAAUUCAACAAAACUCGUGCAUCUAUAUGAUAAUAUAUAUAAUUACAAAUAUAAGAAAAUAUUCUAUUUAAAAUUUAUGAAUUUUGAUUUUAACGAUGAAGAAAUUCUAUUUAAUUAUUAUGUUGAAAAAAAUCAUUAUUUUAUUUAUAUUACGAUAUGUCUCUAUUUCGUUUGUCUUGUAUUAUUUGUAAAAAAUUUAUUCUUUAUUGUAAUAAUUAUUUUUCAUGUAUUAUUAACAUUUUUUUCUUGUUUUACUAUUUAUUAUUAUUUAUUUCAUUUUCCAAUAACAAUAUUAAAUUAUACAAGUUUAAUAUUAUAUUUAUUUUUAUUACUUAUUGAUUCAUUUUUAUGGUAUACUUGUUGGUUUAUUAAUAAACAUAGACGUGAUGAUUGUACAAUUCAGCGUAUUAUGGAAAAUUUGCUCACACAAACAUUUUUCUAUUUAAUACCAAAAACGUUAACAGCCAUAAUUACAUUUGUUAUUACAUAUACAAAUCAAAUUAUAGCAUUACAAUGUUUUACUAUAUUUUCUUUUUUACUUAUAUCAAUAUCAUUUUUUAUUUCAUUUAUUCUCUAUCCAGCUUCAUUUAUAUUCAUUCUUCGUUAUCAAUCAUCGAUUCCAACAACUGAACAUCUUUCUCGUCGCUUUAUAACAUCGAAGAUGAAUUAUUUCAUUAAUCGUCUUGUUCCUUAUCUUAUCGUGCGAUUAAAAGCAUUAUGGUUAACAUUAAUCACCAUAAUAUCUUGCUUAGCUUUUGUUAUUAUAUUUCAAUGGCCAAAAUUACAAUAUAAUAUAUGUCGUAUUACAUGCGAUACACUAUCAAUACAUACACCAUCGAAUAUUUAUGAAGCUUCAUUAAAUAGCUCAGAUAUUGAUGUUACAUAUUACAUUGGCUCACGUUGGGAGGUGCCUAAUGAAUCAUUAAUACCAUUCAGGGAUAUUCCUAUACUUGAUUAUAAUGCAGAAAAUAAAAUGACAUCGAGACCUGAUGAAAUCGAUACAUUUGCAUAUGCAUUAAAUCAUAAUUUAUCGCAAUUAAUACAAUUUUGUGCAUCAAUACAGCAUGAAAUAAAUAGGAAAACAUCUGUAUAUAAACAUUAUUAUCGUCAUAUAGCCCCACAGAUACUUCAAAAUAGUUCAAUUGUUAGUAGUACGUCACGUAUUUCAACUCAGGAUGAAAAUUUAAGUAUAAAUAAUUUUCAUUGUUUCGGUGAUUUAUUUUUAUAUGAAUCUGAACCUUCAUUAUUAACGAAUUCAAAAUUUUCUUCCUAUAUACGCUAUCGUAGUAAUCAAGCAGAUAAUUGUACAUUCAUAUGUUCAUUAAAUACAACCGAGACACGAUAUGAAUGUAUACUGUGUUUGAAUUCUCUCUAUUACCUAUCAAAUAAAUACGAUGAUUUAUUUCUCGUUCGAAAUGGUUUGAGAUUUAUCAAUGAUCAAAUUCCUCGUUAUUUAUUUCAAACAGUCAAUUACAAGUGGUUACUAAAAACAAAUUUUAAUAAUUAUAAUGAAUGGCAAUCGUUAAUAGAAAGUAUAAAACAAAAUUUUAUAACGAAAUUCUAUUCUAAAAUUUCAACACAAGUAUCUUUCUGGUGGACAAGUGAAAUAUUUUCAACUUUUACAAUCAUGGAACAAUUACAACAAGAAAAAUAUUUUUUAAUUGCUAUUAGAUUUAUUAUUAUAUUUGUUUUUCUAACUUUAUUUACUGGCGCUCUAGGAAUAUUUGUUACAUUAACUAUACUAUUCAAUUUCGUUACAUCUCUAGCUAUAUUUACAUUAUUGAAUUAUAAAUUAACAGUUGAAAAUAUAUCUUAUUUUAUUAUUUUGCUUAUUUUUUCUUCACAAUAUUCAAUACUCUAUUCAAUUAGCUAUAAAUUAGCUCCAACAUUUGUUUAUCAACGAGAAAAUCGUACAAUGCAUUCACUAAAUCAAUUAUGUACAACAUUAUUUCAAUAUACAUUUUCAAUAAUAAUAAUUUGUUGUCCUUGGUUAUUUUCUUCAUUGCCCUAUUUAUCUAAAACGGCUAUGAUUUACAUAGUAUCAUCUAUCACUAGCCUUAUUUAUUCAACAUUUUUUCUUCAAUCACUUCUUUGUUAUUUUGGUCCAGCUGAACAAACAUGUUUCUUUCUUCGAUGGCGUUUAACAUUUACACGUAAUUUAAAUUUACAUUCAAACAAUAAAAAUAAUUCAUCAUUACGAAGUACAUCAAAUGCUAGCACACGACGACAUCAUCGUACGUCAACAUCGUCCUACUUUGCUUCGUCCUAUUUUUCACAAGUAUUCACAAAUUCAACUUAUUUCGAAAGUGAAUAUGGUGGUUUAAAUGAAAAUCUUACAAUAGGUUCACGACGGCGUGAAAGUUCACGUAAUCAUCAAGCAUCCUUUCUAGUUAAACGUGCUUCACUAAUAACAGGAGAAUUAAUUGAAUUGUACACGCCACGUGCUAGUCUAUCACCAAAUUCAAAUAAUCAUCGAUACUAUCGACAAUCAUCUAUAGGACGUGGUGUUCCAUCAUCAGCACCAACGCGACCAUUUUACAUAUCUCCAUCAAUAUCACCCUACUCACAAUUAAGUAUACAUUCACAAGCUACGAAUCGACAACGUUCACCAUCCCCACACAUAAUUCAACCAUCACGAUCACCAUCACCACAUUCGCUGUUGCCCUCGGCAGCAGCAGCAGCAGCAACAAGUUCUCUUCGGCCGUGCUAUUCAGCACCUCGUCUUCAUGUACCAAUACAUCGAACACAAGCAACAAGUAUGAGACAAAAUGAUAUACUUCUUGAAGAAACACCGAUAUCUGCUGUAAAACGAAAACAAAAAACAGUGAUGAUUAUUCAACGACAAGCUGCUAUAUCGUCAACACACGAUAUAGAUGAAGUAUCAACGAUAAAAAAUUCACCAUUGUCAGCUUCUACAAGACGAAAUAUGUUAAAAGAGACAGGAAUCAAGUCAGAUGAUGGCCCUGUUUGGCUUAAACGGUCAAAUAGUAGUUAG